UAUUACGCAUUUUGGUGGUAAUCUGGCAGGUCCCUUCUUUGGUGGUACUUUCAGCGAUUGUCUAACGGCUUGUGCGGAGAAUUCCAGUUGUGUUGAUGUCACCUACACAAGCGGUGGGACUUGCUACUUGAAGAGUUCCGUGGGCGAUGCCUAUGCUGAGGCAGGAAGCUGUGACGGUCUCUUACCAGUCCCGGCACCGUCAUCUUCGACUUCAUCUUCAACGUCGUCUCCUUCUCCAAGCGCUCCACCCACUUGCGGCGGAUACGCAAACGGGACUACGACAGUCAUAAGUGGCCAAACCUUUACCAUAUAAGUCGGCGUUACGCAUUUUGGUGGCAACUUGGGAGAUCCCAUCUACGGGGGAACCUUUGUCGAUUGUCUCACGGCCUGCGCGGGGAAUUCCUCUUGCGUUGACGUUAGCUACACUCGCUACACUGACACAGGG